AUGCAAAUUUUUGAAACGUUUAAAAAUGGCUUCAUGAAGGAGCAGCGCAUCUUCGGUGGGAUGAGAGAGGAGGACAGGGCAGAAGAGAAUCUCCCAUGGGAAGGGCGUCAAAAUGGUGAAUUUUCCUUCUUCACCAACACCUUCUUCGAAAUUAUAUACAAAGAUUUCACUACCCAUUUGCAAACCAUUCAAAGGGAGAUCAUAAUUAAGUUACAGGAGGAUGAAGCGUACGAAGAAAAAUCCUUUUAUGAGAUUUUUUCCAAGUUCUUCCAUAAAUACUAUAGAAUAAAAGAAAGUGUUGUGUUUUCAUUUUUCGUUUUUGAGGACUACCCGUUUAGCAAGCCAUACGUCAACAUAGAAAAUCUACCCUUUUGUUUUUUAAAAAAAACGCACACAAAAUUGAAGGGAGAUAAAUAUAAUCAGAAAAACAUACUCAACAUUUUACUUCACCAACAGAAGAAAGGGUGGAUCCCCAAAAUUACCAUCGGAAAUUUAUUCGAAGAGUGCCAAAAGCUUGUUCAUAUAAUCUUUUUUUUUUAUCAAUACAAAAUUUACCUUUUUUUUUAUUACCUAAUGAAGCAUAAAAUAUUUGAACUUUUUCUCAAAAGCAACUGCAGGGUGAACUUGGAGACUUACCCCCUCGUCUAUGCCUACGUAGCUGCGGUAGAUAGAAAGCUAGUUACACAAAAAACAGAAAAAAAAAAUUAUUCCAAUUUGAUGUACAGCAUUGAUAACUGCGAAUGCAUUAAUCAAGAUUUCCUUUUGUAUAAAUUUUUUUACAAUUAUAAGAAGCUAAAAAGGAAGUUGGUCAGCCGUGCUCUGGACGAUGUUGAUGAUGAUGAUGAAGGGAAGACUGCCCCUACAGGACACCUAAUGCAGAUGAAAAAAAAACGAUAUGAGUAUUAUAUAUAUUUGUUUUUCCUUCUUUUCCUUUUUUUCCUCCCCCUAUUUAUUAAAAAUGUGUUUAUAUACCACACGGAGGAAAUUCAGCAUUAUCUUCAGAACGCAGGGAACAGCAGUUUUGUGCAUUUUGAAAAUGUGGCUAGUGACACCAAAGGGAGGGAAAACCAUCCGCUGUUCUGGGUUUACAUGGGAGGAAUAAGCAGGGUGAGCUCCGCGUGGAUGGGUGACGAUGUGAAGAAGGGCCAUCCCGGUGAAAGGGCACACACAGUACGUGGAAAGACGGACAAGGAAGAAGUGAGCAAAUCGGGGGAUAGCCUCGUAGGAAGCAGUGACAGUAGGGAGGAGGGCCAAGAGGGAAGGGUGACAAGCUCUGUGGUGAGUACACCACACGACGGAGAAAAAGAUAAUGGAAUGAGCACAGAUGAGGUGAACGCACAGAACGGGGGGAAGAGCGGAGCCCCCCCAAAGGCCUUCGCCACCGCGUUGCUAGCCAUCUCCGAGUUCCUCCUCUUCACGCUGGGGGUCAUCUACAAUUUGCAUUUACUAAAAAAAAGGAUGGAACACAACAACCUGGUGUUAAACACCUGCUCAGCCAUUCUAAUCCUGUACAGCCCAAGUUUUAUUUCCAAGAAUACCAACUACGUAAGGACUCUAUCCCUGGGUUUGCUAUUCUGGGCCAUCAACUUAAUUUUGCAGAAAAAAAUGUAUAUAUCCAUUUGUGUGUAUUUUAUAGCCACCUAUUUUGACCUCCGUAAUUUGAGUUUUUUCGUCCCCUUUCUGUUUAUCUAUGUAUACAUUAGCAGCAUGUACGUGAGGAGAAAAGGCAACAAGGUGAAGACCUCACUUAAAAAUUGGUUCCACGUUUGCAAGUAUGUGCUCCUUUACGUGCUGUCAUAUGGUGUGAUCACAUAUAUUUUAUUUUAUAUUUUUUCCGCUGACCAAAUAGGAUGGGUGGGCACAGCGAAACGAUGUGUACGUUUUCUGGGCACCCAUUUGGAACGCACGGGAGAGGCCUUUGCAGGAAGAAGCUAUGUCUCGUCGUCCUUUCGAGCAGCAACCGGAGGGAAUGGAAGUACACACUCGGGAAGAAUCGUGGACGGAGGGGACAUCCUCAUCGUUGGGAAUUCCCAUCACGCGCAGAUCUUUUUUUUGUCUCUUAUCCCUCACAUGUUCAGCGCCCUCUUUAAUUACCUCCUUGUGGUGAAUACCAUUGCUAAGCUGUACGUCUCCCUCGCAGUUUCAUGCAUCACGUUUUUCUUUACCUCCUGGGGGGAUUCGAACUCGUGCGAUUAUUUCCUAACUGUGUUGCACAUUUUGCAGUUCCUUUUUAUCAACGUUGUUCGCAGCUCAAGCAUACUCUUCAAUAUUCUCAUUUCAUCCUUCAUACUUCUAACGAGUGAUACAUUUAACGUGUACCUGUUUUGUCUAACCAUUUUUUAUUUUGUUCUUCAUAUUUAUUUAAUGUUCCCUUGGGUGAAUUUCCUUCCCAAUAUUAAUUAUCAUAUUCGUGUUUGCUUUCAUUUGGUAAGUCAAGUGUGCAGGUAUGCUUUUUGUAACUUGCUUCAUUUGUAUGAGACGAGUAUAAAAAAUGUUGCCCUUUCCUUCGUGGUUAUUCUUUUUCCUCACUCCUCAUCCGUUAUCGCGGCACUGCAUGAGAAGAACACCAAGCACAUCAUUCAGCGGAAGGAAAUCCAACGGAAGAUUAUUUUUUGUUUGUGUUCCCAUUUAUCUCGCGACUGUUUGCACAUCCCCCUGACGUUUUUCUCUCUGACGCUUUUUCUGCUGCUUGGCUUUCUGCGGCUACACUCCCCCCAGAAAUCCCCCCGAACUGCCCUCUGCACAUUGAAGUGUUUAGUCGUGACCACCUUGCUGGCAAUACUUCUG